AUGGAGACGCCAGCAAGGGUUAUAGAGGCGGCGCUGGGACAAGACAACAUGCCAACGGUGAUCAGUGUUUCCGUUGCGGACACAGGACAUUAUGCCCGUGAUCAGGAGUGUCCAGCCCGAAAUGCGGUGUGCAACAAAUGCGGAAAUCGCGGACAUUAUGGAGUUGCUUGCAAGACCCAGACGAGCAAAAACAGAAAAGACAAUUACGAGCAAAAGGAUGCCAAAUGGAGAAAUAACAAAGGACAAAAAUGGAAUGGAACCGGAGGAAAUAAACCAAGAGGAAAAGUUCACACAGUGCAAGAAGACACUGAAACUGGUAGUGACACUGAAUUUGCAUUCCAUGUAGGCAUGGUGGGAAGUAAUAAAGAGGAAAAGAUCAAAGUAAGUUUGGGGCAGGGCAUACCUGUAGAUGUUAUCAUUGACAGUGGAGCUUCAGUAAAUAUCAUUGACAAAAGUCUGUGGGAGGAAUUGAAAGGUAAAAGAAUUCAGUGUAAAUCUGAAAGAAGUAAUAAGAAGUUGUAUGCAUAUGGAUCAACAAAUCCAUUAAAGGUUCUUGGUAAAUUUGUAACCAAAAUUAAAGUUGAUGGUAUGAGUCAUGAAGACACUGAAGUAGAAGCAGAUUUUUAUGUCACAGAAAGUAAAGGGCCUGCACUUCUAGGUAAAGAUACAAGUGUUGAACUGGGUGUGCUUAAGAUUGGUGUUAACCUUGUGGCUAGAGAAGUGAUAGAUAGUUAUCCAGAAUGUUUUCAAGGGGUAGGAAAGUUGAAGGACCAUAAGCUGAAGUUGCACAUUGACAAAGAGGUUAGACCAGUGGCACAACACAUGUACCGGGUACCAUACACCUUAAGAGAGAAGGUCAGUGACAAACUAGAUGAAUUAGAGUCACUAAGUAUAAUAGAGAAAGUUAAUCACCCAACUUCGUGGGUAAGUCCAGUGAUUGUUGUACCCAAACCAAAUGGCGAUAUUCGACUGUGUGUUGAUAUGCGACAAGCCAAUAAGGCCAUAAUCAGAGAAAGGCAUCCUAUUCCUACUGUUGAUGAGAUUUUGUACAAUAUGAAUGGUAGUGAAGUUUUCAGUAAGUUAGAUAUGAAGUAUGGGUAUCACCAGAUAGAAUUGGAAGAAGAUUCACGAGAAAUCACAACGUUUGUAACCCAUAAAGGCCUGUAUAGGUAUAUACGAUUGAUGUUUGGCAUAAGUGCAGCACCAGAGAAGUACCAGCAAGUAAUAGCUCAGGUACUACAUGAUUGUGAAGGAGUUCAAAACAUAUCAGAUGAUAUUGUUGUUCAUGGAAAAAACCAAGCAGAGCACGAUGAAAGACUAGUGAAAGUCAUGCAGAGACUGAAGGAAAAGAACUUGACCUUAAAUAAGGAAAAGUGUCAGUUUGGUUUGACAAAGAUUACGUUCAUGGGUUAUGUGUUAUCCAAAAAUGGAGUUGAGCCCACAGAGGGGAGAAUCAAAGCCAUGAAAGAGACUUAUUGGUGUUAUCCCAUUGGCCACACUCCACAAGUCGAUGGCAUCAAGGUCAGCUUGCAAGGAAAGUUCAUCUGGAGGGGAUUGGAUAUGUCUAUAGAUGAGGGUGUCAUCAGCAAAGAGCAAACACUUGGAAUUGAGGGAAUGGGAGAUGUCACUGAUGAAUAA